AUGUUUAUUAAAAAUAUUAACCAAAGACACGAAGAUUCUGAUGAUGCUACUUCAACAGAUUAUAUAUCUUCACAAGAUUUCUUGUCAGAUAAAAGUGAUAAUGACAUCGUUUCUUCUCAAGUUUCUCCACUAGCUUAUGAAAAUAACGAAGCUAUUUUGCCUUAUUUAGUUUCUUCCAUACACAAAAAUAAUGAAGCAACUUCACCUCGUCUAGUUUCUUCUGUUUAUGAAAACAAUGUUUCUUUGCCACAGGAAAAUGAUAUUGCCUUACUGGCUUAUAGAAGUAGUAAUAUUAAUG